AUGGAGAUGGAGAUGAAGAUGGAGAUGGAGAUGGAGAUAGACUGGGAUAGAGGGAAUUUCAAUAGCAAGACUUUGGCUGGCAUUGCUGCAUUGCUUGCCCUCGUCGGCGUUGUGGGCAUCGCUACCAUCCACGUCCGCCGCAGUGAGCUUCUGGUCGACUACUUCCCUGUGCAGGUGGUCAACAUCCCAAGGAAGCAGAUCCUCUAUGUCGGGGCUCAGUGCGAGGCAUCCUGCAAGGACAACUUCCUGAAGUGCACGCACGGACUUGGACAGAGGGAGUAUCCCUCGGACCUGUCCUACUAUCCCCCCAACCAGGCAGCUGAAUGGACUCCCACUGCGACUGGACUGGAUUUGUGGAAGCAAGACAUUCUCCACUGCUACCAGCUCUACCAGAAGUUCUGUAUGCCCCAGUGCGCCAACAUGUUCUAG